AUGGAGGAGUAAAUUUUCAAGAUAGUGAUUAUAGGGAAUAGUGCUGUAGGGAAAUCAUCUUUAUUGAUUCGAUAUUGUGAUGAUACUUUUCGAGAUAUUUAUUUAAGCACAAUAGGAGUUGACUUCAGAUUUAAAACAAUAAAGCUAGAUGGACAAGGAAUUAAGUUGCAGAUAUGGGAUACUGCAGGUCAGGAGAGAUUCAGAAACAUCACAAACUCAUAUUACAAAGGGGCUUAAGGGAUUGUGAUUGUGUAUGAUGUGACAAAUGCAAAAUCGUUUGAGGAUGUAACUAAAUAUUGGAUGGCAGAAUUAUCUCAUUAUGCAGACUAGAAUGUGAAGUUGAUGUUGCUUGGAAAUAAGAUAGAUAUGGCUACAGAAGAGACUAGAUAAGUUAGUGAGGAGAUGGCUGAGCAAUUAUCAAAAGAAUUUAAUAUGCAGCAUCACGUUGUGAGUGCCAAAACAGCUGAGCAAGUUGAGAAUGCUUUUAUCAAUUUGGCAAGAUCAAUAUAUAAUGAGAAAUCUUUGAGGGAGAUGGUGCAUCCAUAACAAUAAUAGUUGACUAGUAAAAAAAAUAAAGAUGAAAAGUAAAAGGUGUGUUGUUGAUUUAUCUUUAUUUCGUUUUUGUUUUAAGGAUAUUUAUUAAUUAA